CAAGGACGGUGGGUCCGUGACGAUAGCAGAAGUGGCUCUAUACGGCGACGUGGUGCUACGAUACGUCACCCAGCAUGCCUCUUACUCCGGCCCCUUCCUUCCCAACUACGCACCCGCCUCCAACGCCGUUUCCUCCUACGGCCUUACCCGCCUCGACCAUGCCGUGGGGAACGUUCCCAAGCUUCUUGACACCGUUCGGCAUAUUCUAAACUUCACAGGGUUUCAUGAGUUCGCGGAAUUUGUUGCGGCGGACGUGGGGACGCUGGAUAGCGGGCUGAACUCGAUGGUGCUCGCGAAUAACGCGGAGAAUGUUUUGUUUCCGAUCAACGAGCCGACGUUCGGCACGCCGCGGAAAUCGCAGAUCCAAACAUACCUGGAGCACAAUGAAGGGCCAGGAUUGCAGCAUCUCGCGCUCUCGUGCACGGAUAUCAUCGCGACGCUUCAGGAGAUGCGCGCGCGGACGGAGCUGGGAGGGUUCGACUUCAUGCCGCGGCCAUCCGCGAAUUACUACAAGGAGCUGCCGAAGCGGAUUGGGCCGGAUAGCGGGCUGUCAGAGAAGCUUAUAAAGGAUUGUGAGACGCUGGGUGUGCUGGUGGAUAGGGAUGAUCAAGGCGUGCUGCUGCAGAUUUUCACGCGACCUGUGGGGGAUAGGCCCACACUGUUCUUGGAGAUCAUACAGCGUGUGGGGUGCAUGUAUCCAGGGCCAGAUGGCACUCUGGGCUAUUCCUCUUUCAAGCAAACCAUUCCUCCUCCAUGCAACCCCACCGCUCUAAACCCCGCACCACCGCUCACCAAAACUUUCUUCCCAUCUAACUCCUUCACCCACCUCUCCCAUCGUCCCCCUGCCCUCCCGCCUUUUCCUUCCCCCCUUCCCUCCCCUUCUCCCCGCGCAGAGCAGAGUGUGCGCAGGGACGUUAUCGCCCUCCCCUCCGGCCUCUCCUCUCCCUACCUCACAGUGUUUGCCCGCCCUCUUGCCGUUGCUGUGGUAGCCAUGACUGUUGACAGCAAGGUAGUUGUGAAUCAAGAGUACCGGCAUGCAGUGGGGGCGUAUGUGCUGAGUCUGCCAGGGGGAGUGAUGGACGCAGGGGAGACGCCAGAGCAGGCAGCAAUGCGGGAGCUUGAGGAGGAGACAGGGUUCGUGGGAGAAGGGGCAGAAAUGAUAGGCUCGUGCCGCCCACUCCCUGGGGUGUGGCAGCAGAAG